CAGACGAGGAGAAUGGCACACCACCCGCACAGGAGACGGCGGGCGAGGCGGGCGAGGCGGGCAGCGACGUCGACCAGCAGCCGCAGCACACCGACCAGCAGCCGCCACACGCCCAGGAGCCACACGCCCAGGAGAAUCCACACGCCCAGGAGCCACACGCCCAGGAGAAUCCACCCACGCCCAGGGACAGCAACCCUCCCGCACCCCCGAAGAAGAAGCUGUUCACCUCUCUCAAUGUAAACCAAAAGUUCCUAUCAAAGACCACCACGCCCGCACCCACGCCGGGCCCGCAGAAACAGCAAAAUGGACGCCAAGCUUCCCCUGUGCCCAUUCCCUCGACAUCAAGACAGCUCUCCACCAAACUGCACACGAUGCCUAUCUCAAAACCGUCUGCAUCACCCAAUCCGCCGCCGUCGUCUACACAUUCAUCUCCAUGGGCCAAACCCGCAGUCCCCACGCCGUCUCCCGCGCCCAGCACCCUCCACCAGCCCGCACCCACACGCCCGGGAAUAAGCGCCAGCAUACCGACAAGCGCCGCUGCGUCCCUGUCUGGAACCAGCCUGGGCACGGGUACUGCCGGGAGAAAUGUAUGGAGAAUGGGCGGAUUAGGAUCGAGAUCGGGCAUGACGACAGAGUUCCCGACGGCCAAGGAAGCUGCCGACGGACAAAAAGCAGCAGCCCAAGCAGCCGCUCUUGCUGCCCAAGUCCAAGCAGCGCACAACCAGGCCAUCAUCCAAGAACUCGAUACGUUCACCCGCCUUGAACCCCAUUCGCACCGUUGGGACGAGGAAGAUGAAGAAGACGACAUGAUUGAUUUCCCCGAUGUGCCUCACACUUCUCCUCCCCCGCAACCAGCUCAACUCCCAUCCGCAGACGAACAGUCCGUUCCCAAAUCAGACCGUUUCGCCGAAGAUUUCGACCGUUCAUGGCCGCGGCGUAGCGGAGACGAUGGCAGAUCCAACGACGAAAGGGUAUUGUUCAACGCCUCUUCCAACCGACUGGAGAGCCGACCCGAACAAACGAGAUUAGAUCCAGGAAGGAGUAGUGAUAGGGACAGAGCGUGGGGACCCAGGCUGCUCGGACGAGACACUGGGGAUAUGGGCCAUGCGGCCGCACCGGCAUCAGGCUUGGGAGCGAGGAGCUUACCACCUCACCUUUCCGCUGCCGAUCCUUCUUCUGCUACCGAAGGCCCGAGCGCAGGUACAGCAGGCACAGGCACGGCCUCUGGAUCUUGGCGAUCCUCUGCGGCCGCCCGUCCAGCGUGGGGGGGGAGUAGUCGGCCGACACCGUCUUCAGGCGCCGGGGGAGGGAUGGGUGAACAGAGACAGCCAUGGGAGAGUAGGAGCGAUGUGCGUGAACGUGUGGUAGGCUCGGGCACAAGUGUACAGCCAGGACGAAGAUCGUUCAAUGCCGGUCAACCACCUCACUCUACAUACACGCAUCCCCACCCCCAUGGCCCGUCCACAGCCGCACCUCUUCCUCCCGCGUCCACAACAUCGACCGACCCUGACCCGCAAUCGCUCGAGAUGCAUACUGCGGCAGAAAAGGCACGUUUGAGGAGGUUGGAAGAGGAAAAGGAACGUGAAGCCGCGAAAGAACGGGCGAGGAUGAAGGCCAAGGCGUUGGAGGAAAAGCUAAAGGCGGAAUCUGAAUCGCAAAAUGCCAAUAAGCCUGAACCAUCCAUUUCUGCCUCUGCCGCCCCCGCCGCCACCGCCGCGCAACCGCCACCAAAAGAAAAGCAAGUGAAAUGGGCAGAACCCGCCCCGCAACUCACCAUCGCCCAACGUCCUCCUCGCGACGCUCCCCUUAUACCACGCCCCACCUCGUCUGAAAUGGAGAAACCUUCCAAGGCGGAGCGCGAACCGUCUUGGAGGGCCCGUGCGCAACAACCUCUUCCGUCGUCUCAAGAAACACAGGUGCCGGCGGAAGGAAAGGAAGAGGAGAAGAUUACGUCACCGCUUUACGACUCUGCCGGUCUGGGUGCAGCUUCAUCAUCACCGGAAACCGUCCAACAGCCAACUGCUUCCUCAUCCACCGCCCACAUGUCUGCCACAGCCACAGCCACAGCCACAGCCACAGCGCAACAGUCCGCACUCUCAUCCUCAUCGUUUGAUGGAAUGUUGGCGAGGGUAAAAGCAGCUAUGCUUGAAAUGCAGCAGACGAGGGAGAAGGAGGUGCGGGAGAAGGAGUUGGAAAAAGAGCGGGAAAAAGAGGCGGUAAAGGAAGUACAGGCGGUAAAGGAAGAGGUGGAGGAGAAACAAGCGUUCAAGGCCAGUAGAGCUGAACAAGUGAAAGAGGAAAAGACUAGACCCGUAACGACUACCACCAACCUCGCAUGGAAACACGCCUCCUCCUCCACCGGGGCCUCAAGCCAGACAUCUCAGCCACCCAUUUCCAAACCCGCUGCUGCUGCUGUUUCUUCUGCACCCGCAGAAUACGAACCCCCGCAAUUCUUUGACAUCACUUGUCCUCAACCUCCACGCUCCCCGCCCCCCGCCUGGCGGACGUACAACAUUCGUCUUCCCAAACCGUCAUCCCUCCCUCGUCCACGGUGCUUUGACCUCCCUCCCAUCAGCUCCUCCCAGCAACAACAAUGGGAAAAGGGUGUUGAAGCGCCAAGAGGUUGGGCGAGGACGUUUGAGCCCCCGUUGGAGAGUGAGGAGACUGCCGAAGAUGUGUUGGAUAGAGCAAAGAUGCUGUUGCCCCAGUCGAGGGUGGUGACCAAGGUUGGACAAGUCGUGGUUUCCAUCUCGCCCAGAGUGUUGGAGCGUGUCAAGGAAAGGACGACAGGUGUGGAUGGAGAGGUCAGGGAAAAACGGGAAAGAAGGAAGGUGGAAGACGUUGGAGGGAGUGUGGAAGAAGAAGGGGUGAGGACGGGAGUCGAAAAGGCAGAAUUGCUGGGACCAUCGACGAAACCCGUUCAAACUCUCCCGCCGGUGCCUCCAGCUACCACAUCGUCAACAGCCCAACAACAACAACAACAACAACAACCUCCGCCACGACGCAAAUCCCCCGUCAAAUCGGCCGCCCAAGCGGAAAAGGAUCCUUCGACAUUUAUUCUCCAAGGUGUCGGUCUCGCCAUCGCUCCUCCGCCUCACAUCUCACUCUCCUCCCUCCCUACCAGCUCGAUCCCUGGUUCUACUCCGCGGGACGGCAAGGAUGGCAGUUUUUCAGUCUUGAGUGAGGAUGGGAAACCCGGUGUGAGGUUUAUGGUCUCGAGCGAGUUGGAAGGAGAUAGCUUGCUGGAAGAGGUGAAUAAGAUGAGUUUGGAAAGUGUGGAGGAAGCCAAGGGAGAGAAGAAUGAUGACAAGAAAGAGGUACCUACAACGCCCCCACUGGCUCAUCAGUCACCGAAAUCCAAUGGUCCUUCGACACCAUGGUCAAAGACAUCUUUAGCAUACCCAUCUCAACCCCAUGACGCUAUCAAGUCGGUUUGGGGCGCCGACACGUCUGCAACCACUAGUGAUACUCCCAUGUACCCCACUUUGAACGCUCCCGCGUCAGCCGAGAGCACACAGCCUUUAUCUGCCGGCCUUAAGAGCGGUUUCCCCAGCCAUGGCCAUUCUUCUUCUUCUGCUCCUCAGUUCUCUCCCAACCUCGGCGCCGCAAACGUUCCAUUCACCCGUCACCCCUCUCAAUCCCAUUCUAUAUCCCAAUCACAAAUACAGUCGCCCUACUUUGGCUCACCUCACACUCUUUCCAGCCCUCCCGGAGAUCCGUCCAUGGGCAUGACCAUGCCUUUGGGCGGGUACAGCCGACAGGCGGUCAACGCGAUGGGCGUCGCCGGCGUAAAUGGUUUCCAGCAAGGUGUCUGGGGAGGAUUCGGCGUCGCUCCCGGUUAUGGCUACACCGCCCAGCCUCAACAUGCCGCCCACCAAGCCCAGCACCAAGCCAACCAAGGCCAGCAGAAAUUCCAACAAUACUCCAACGUCCCCCCGUACAGCCGCGUCAACCCCAACGUCGCCUAUUCUUACGCCCCCACACCCUCCCCUUCGUACAAUCACGCUUCACCCCAAGUCCGACCCCAAGGCAGGUUUGCACAAGCAGCUACAAACGGUGACUAUAGACAUCACCCGCACCAAGCCCAGGGUACGUCGUCCGGAUUGCAGCCCCAGCCGGGAGGGUUUAGGAUGAGUAUGGACGGGUCGAGCCAGGGGUAUUAUGGUGGCAUUGGAGUGUACUCGCCACAGGUCCAGCAUGGGCAUGCUGUAAACCAGGGUGGCCAGGGGCAGCUGGGACAGGGUCAAGCCCAAGCUCAAGGUCAGCAAGGGUAUGGAAGAGGGACGAUGCGAGGGGGGAUGGGGAGAAAGAUGUGGUGAUGAGAUCUGCAUUAAGCGAGAGAGAUGGGGAAAAAGAAAAACGACGACAAGCGGGGAGGAUCUGUACGUGAAAGAGAAAAACUAAAAGUGGGAAGAAACGAGGGGUGUUUCAUCUGUGAUAUAUAUUAACAUCGUCUGCUAAUUGUUUAAAUUGCGCUGGCUUAUCAAAAAGUAAUCAUAUACGCCACGCAAAAAAGAUAUGGUUUUACGUAUGCCUGAUGGCAUUCUACGUACUGUGCAGUAUGAUUGAGUU